AUGUCACCUUUAUUGAUGAGUGCAGUGAAUUCAUCCGUACCUAUUGAGCCAUUAGAUGACCUAGAUGAGACUGCUUCUGAAUCAAAUGAUGGCACUGAACAUAAUAUGUCCACAACUUCAAAUAUUGCUCGAAAAGAAUUGGUAACGUGGUUAGCAGCACAGCCAAAGCUGAAUGCACGUUCUAAAAGUGGGUAUAUAUUGUUUUCUGCAGAAGUCCGAAAAAAAGUUAUGCAAGAUAAUCCAGAAGCUGGCUUUGGUGAAGUUAGUAAAAUUGUAGGCAUUGAGUGGAAGAAAUUGUCUGAGGAUCAAAAAAAACAGUAUGAAAUCCGAGCAGAAUAUAUAGCGAAUGAGCGUGCUAAGCAAGAAGUACGCGAACCACCUAAUAUGCGAAUUUUACCUGGUCAAAUACGAGUAUACAUGUGCAAGUGGCAAACAUGUGACUUUCAGUAUGAUAAUCCAGAAGAGUUGUAUGAUCAUGUAAAAACAAUACAUACGUCUCAAAUAGUGAUUGAUGGCGAAAAUCAGUUUGUGUGUUUAUGGGCAUCAUGCUUAAAAUAUAGAAAAGAUGGAAAACCGUUUCCAUCUCUUCCACGCCUUCAUCGACAUAUUAAAGAAAAGCAUCUUCCUACUUCAGCCAAAUCAAUAUAUCCCAAUCAGAGAAGCAAGAAUUAUAUUCCAACUUAUGUGCCUGGUUCAUCUGCCUCAUCACUUACUUCUGGAACAGCAACAAUAGUAGCUGUACAACAGCCUGCAAACGGACCUCAGCAAGUUCAUCAGACGUAUACUAUCCAACAAACGCCGUUAACAUACGUUACUCAGGCAGUAGUUUCGAAUCAUCAAAUUGUCGCUAAUGGAUAUGUGAAUGGCACUACAGUUCCUGUGGCGCCUACAACUUAUUUAACAGCUACGCCAACAAUGGUUCAUACCAGCACGUCUCAUGGUUAUCACCCGUAUCAUCAGCAAGUCCGUCAGGUCACCUCAACAACCGCUCAUUCAGUUACCCUGACACCUCAGAACUACACUGCUCUACCACUGCAAACUGUCAAUUACACUACUCCUUCCACCUCACAUCCACAUCCACAAGCAUCGACGAUCAUCACCGAUCCUGGCAGAACCAUUGUGCAGGCUCCAAAACCGAUACAGCCAGUUUUCGUGGCCCCACCUAACACCGUACAUAUAAAAAGGGUCAUGCAUUCUGAAGUUUAUCUCAAGUAUAUUGAGUCCUUAUCAGAGAGUCAACAGCGAACUGUAAGUAAGUAUAAUAGGAGUCUGCUAGCAGAUGAACGGAAUUCAACGCCGUCACAACGACUUUCAACAUUUCAUUGGCUCAAAGAAGCCAAAGAUAAUGGAGCAAAAGAUGAAGAAAUAUUGAAAGCAUUAUGGCGGUUACGUGAUGCUUUAUUGGAGAGUACAAUAAAUAUAGCCCGUGAAAUAGAUUACACUGGUCCACUAUGA